AUGGAACAUGUGAAUAAUGUACAAAUUCCUUCCAUUUGCAAAGAUUUUCCUUCAUCAGAAACUUCAUUAGCUCAGGCUAUUUACUGCAUUUCAUUAAUUUUACUCUGGCUUUUAUUAUUAGCUACAGCUUUAGCCUAUCAACUUAGAAAAUUUCUAAAGAUUAAAACCAUCAACAAAGACAUUGAACUUGGAGAGAUACAAAGAGAGAUAUAA